UCGCCCAGCCACUUGCAUUUCUCACUGUCUCUUUCUUUGCCAAUGACAUUGCAAGGAGGAGGACCGCAGCGUCUGGAGUAAAAUCUUGCACUGCGGGGAGCCCAAAAAAUGACAACCGGAUCCCGUGCACGGCUCAGCCUGUCGAGCGGCAUCGGGGUCUCGGUGGGGGAGGUAAUCGAUCAGCUAAUCUGUUAUUCUUUUGAUGCCCCUCUAUCACGAUUGGAAAUUGAAAUUUGCUAAUGGGCUAGACCAAAUAUAAAUAACACUGUAAGCAAAAUCGACUGGAGACUGACAACUUGCUGAAUGAGUUUUUGUUCAAGCAAGAAGGGUAGCGGACCAAAAGAAAGGGGGAGAAAUAUAUUGCAAGUCGUUGGUGCUGAUCCUGGAGGUGCUCGUUGGAACUGCUGCAUAUCUCGUAGUUGGAAAUCUUUUGUUUUCAGAGGUUCUUUUAUUCCUGGUAUCUGGACAGCGCUCCCGGAGUGGAUUUACUUAGUAGCUGAUAACCCCAAUGUGUGAUACACUUGCACCCCAGCCGGCUGAGAAAAUCAGCAAGAUGAAAAAGUUGCGGAGAACUUUGUCCGAUAGUUUCAGCCGGAUAGCUAUGAAGAAAGAUGAUAGCGACUUCGACGAGAUAUGUGUCACAAAGAUGUCCACACAGAACUGCCAGGGAAUGGACUCCGUGAUAAAACCCCUGGACACUAUUCCUGAAGACAAAAAGGUCAGAGUGCAAAGGACGCAGAGUGGCUUUGACCCCUUUGAAAAACCAGUCAAUCAAGUGAAAAGAGUUCACUCUGAAAACAACGCUUGCAUUAAUUUCAAGAGUUCAUCUGCAGGGAAAGAAUCUCCAAAAGUGAGACGACACUCAAGUCCCAGCUCGCCCACAAGCCCAAAAUUUGGCAAAGCAGACUCUUAUGAAAAACUGGAAAAGCUAGGGGAAGGUUCAUAUGCCACAGUGUACAAAGGGAAAAGCAAGGUGAAUGGAAAAUUAGUUGCACUGAAGGUGAUUCGGCUGCAGGAAGAGGAGGGCACACCCUUUACAGCCAUCAGGGAAGCUUCACUUCUGAAAGGACUGAAGCAUGCGAACAUUGUUCUCCUUCAUGACAUAAUUCACACCAAAGAGACCCUGACCCUCGUCUUUGAGUAUGUGCACACUGAUUUAUGCCAGUAUAUGGAUAAACACCCGGGAGGACUUCGUCCUGAAAAUGUAAAGUUGUUUUUAUUUCAGCUUCUAAGAGGAUUGUCCUAUACUCAUCAACGUUACAUACUGCACAGGGAUCUGAAACCUCAGAAUCUUCUCAUUAGUGAUACAGGAGAGCUAAAGCUGGCAGACUUUGGUCUUGCCAGAGCCAAGUCAGUGCCUAGCCACACAUACUCUAAUGAAGUGGUCACCCUGUGGUACAGACCUCCAGAUGUCCUUCUCGGCUCUACAGAAUACUCCACCUGUCUUGACAUGUGGGGGGUAGGCUGCAUCUUUGUAGAAAUGCUUCAAGGAGUAGCUGCUUUUCCAGGAAUGAAGGACAUCCAAGACCAACUAGAGCGAAUAUUUCUGAUUCUUGGUACACCAUCAGAAGAAACCUGGCCUGGUGUCCAUUCUCUACCACACUUCAAACCAGAACACUUUCCACAAUACAGCCCGAAACAGCUUCGCCAGGCAUGGAAUAAAUUAGCGUAUGUUGAUUUUGCUGAAGAUCUGGCUUCCAAACUUUUACAGUGCUUCCCGAAAAACAGACUGUCAGCCCAGGCAGCUCUGAGCCAUGACUUCUUCAGUGAUCUUCCCCCUCGGCUCUGGGAGCUAAGUGACAUGGCCUCUAUCUUCACAGUUUCAAAUGUGAAACUUGUACCUGAAGCAGGAGACAGCACAGGUCUUUAUGGAAAAAACAGCGGUCACGGCAAAGGUUUAUCCAACAGUAAACACUGAUGGCAUGGUUUAGCUGAUAGACAUGCAGCAUGCAGAUAUAAAUAACUGCCAUCAUCCCAGCAAGGACUCUGAAGGGGCCAGAAUCUAGGCGUCCUGAAUCAGCUUCCAGCUCUGUAAAGAUAAACACUUACUGUUUCAUAUAACAGGACCUGGAAUGUUUGCUCCCAUUUUAUUUCUGAUCCUGCAUGCACUGGAAACUGUGCUAUCAUUGUCUUUCCCAGAAGAUUAAAUUUGUUUACCAAUACAUGGCAUGUACUGUUUUCAGUCUUUUAGGUUAGGUAGUUUGUUUUUCAGCUGCAGUAUUACACUUUUGUAAAGAGUUUCCUUUCAACAGCAAAUGUCUUACCUGUAUUAAGGCAUUGUAUUUGGCGUGCACAGUACUUCAGUAACAUUAAUACGUAAAAGCCACAGAUACAGGCACGAUUGUUUACAUGGUCAAUGAUGUUGAAAACUAAAAGCAUUAAGCCUCAAGUUCCUUUUACAACUGCUUGCAUUACAGACCAGAAACCACACAUCUAUCUUUCAGUAAUGUUUUGGUUUCAAGAGACCAUGAUACCAUAACAUUUAAUUAACGGGUACUGAAAAUAUGCCAAUUAUUGUCAUUUAUCAUUUUGUAUUGUUUUUGCUUGACUGCACACAAGAUUAGGAAGGAAGAGUUUCUGAUACAAUUUGCUGGUGAGCAAAAGUUAGGCUAUUUUUCACAAAAAUAGCUGACAGAUUCAAUCUUGUAGUAAAAUUUGCAUUUGUUUCUCCAGGUAGAUUUUUUUUUAAAAAAAGGUAGGAUCAAUUUGUUUUGUGUAAGUCCUUAGUCCAGUAAACUAUGCUUCUGCUUGGCAGAAGGGUAUCAGUUUUUAUCCCCAAAUACAACUUUAGUCUGACAGCAUUCUGCAGGUGUUCAGCUCACUGCUGGUUUCAUGUCCUCACAGGCAGACUUUUACUCUGACCAGCUAGAAACAAACCACAGACUAACUCUUUUUUUUCACAUGGAUCAUACAUGAGCAGAUGUUUAAAGCACUUUUUUGAAAAUUAACAUAAAAGGUUUGCAAGCAAUGUACCAUAAGAUAGGAAGCAGCUGCUAAGCAGGAAAGUGUUGGAACAGCAAUUCUGAACUAGGAUAGCGUAACCCGAAGGAUGUUUAAGAGUGUAUCACAAAGGGAUAGUAAAGCUGCUGCAUCCAGACUCACUUAUCACAGACUGGAAACAAAGCACCUUAUUGGUAAUCAGCACAUACAUUCCAUUUGUAACAGCAGGCUCAAAGAAGCUUGCUCUUCCAGUGUGCUUGUGAGAGUUGUUUGAGUAAGUUAUUAUAAGAGUUCAUCUUUCCUAGAUAACAGCAGUAGAGCAAACAGGAAACUGCUACCUUUACUUCCCCUUCAGUUAUAAUUAAAAUGCUGACAUGCUGUAUUUCAUCCAUCUGGAAAUGUUUGCGUCUGGCACCCUGUAAUGUGAUGUUUUCACUAAAAUCACAUGCCAAACCACCAAAGGUUGUAAGUGACAAUAAUGAAGACAUUAAAUCCACUCACUUAAUCUCAGGUGUUACUAACUAAGCAGAGCUCAUAAGUCCUGCUAGCUGCUGCAACACCUGCCUUUAUGCUUGAAUGUUUGCACGCCAAUAUUGCACCACUUACUGGAGGCAUGGAUGUUGUCAUAUCUGGGUAUAUAUGGGGGAUGUGGGGGGGGGGGGGCUGCAAACAAAUUGCCUUCUUUGUUAAAGAUAUAAAAGACAGAGCAGUGCUUAUCACUCUGUUUUGUACAUUAUGCUGUUGCAGCAACAAGAAAGUUAUAGCUCCCAAAACAUUUAAAGAUAAUAGACCAACAUUGGACUGCUCUGAAUUUUACGACUGUUCUGUAUGUGUAAAAUGGCAAUCACAUCAUCAAUGUUCACUGUAAAGUUUGCAUGUUUUUGUACCAGUGACAUAGUUUCAAGGUACAAAGGUAAAUUAUAAUCAUACAGUGCACUUUAAAGACAGUAUAGGAAUUUUGUGAAUAUGCACCUUGCAUUUAUCACUGCUGCACUUAAAGUGUACAAAUGUCAGUGGGUUAACAUGGCCAUGCUUACAAGUUUACUUUGCUCCAUGUUGCUUUAAAUUGCACCCUGAGAUUGUACUGGUUGCAUUUGGCAGGAAAAUAACAUGCUCUGCUGAGGAAAGACUUGACAUUUUUUUAAAUAGUUAGGCUGUAUUUAAAUGAAGGAACAACUUGAGAGAAAAUGGUACCUUAGCACUGUGAUAGUAUUAUCUUUGUAUCUUACUUCCAAUAAAAUGAUCUGCUUUCGUUAAAAGAGUUAAAGCUUUCUACAGACACAAACAAAUCAAAACGUGCAGUACCUGAAGUCAUGUGCACACGUAGUAGAAUGUGCAUAAUUCUGUUAUUUCUUCAAUUCAAAAUGUCAUCUGUGAAUAAUGUAUUGAUUUUUGUAUUCUUUGUUAUAGAAAUGUUUAAAAUGUAAAUACUGAGGCAGGAAUAUCUACUGCUUAUUAAAAAUAACAUUGCUCUGAAAUGGAUUGCAUUUUGGAGAGACAGCUGUCUUCCUACUUCUGUUGAAAUGAAGAUGGUUCUAUGUGUUAUAGUAACCCAAUAAUUCCACAUAAAUAAAAAUGAAUGCACUUGGACAAAAGUGGAAAUACUAGAUGAUACAUUUCUGCUGUGUGAUGUACAGAACUUGUAAUCGAAAAAUGUUUUUUUUUUUUUUGUAAGAUGCACUAAAAAUGCAUUCCUUUUCACAAGAGGUUUGAUACAUGGAAAUAAAAUAUGUAUGCAGUGCAAAACCAAUACACUUUAAAAAAAUGUUAGUGUAGCAUAUAUAUGUUGCAUUAUUUGCCUAAACUUGUAUAACUGCUACUAUAUAUAAAAUGCAGUUGUUUGUUCUUCUGUAAUGUUGCUUUCUUGUAACGCUAUCAGACAUGGUUUAGGAGAACCGGUACACUUCAAGUAGUUAAUAUUUUAUUUUUCUAGUGCAGAAGGGUCAUGCUCUCUUAAAUAUUUAUAGAUGUAUAAAAGUAUCCUUACUAUGUGUGCAUUAAAGCUUUUAAAUGAACAAACA